AUGUAUCCCACGGAACCGCGUGUUGAAUAUUGCAUCGAACUCCAAGAUGAACAAGGACAAGUGGUGUGGAUGCCCAUACCCAAUCCAUUUGAAGAACAUCGCCAAGAGGAAGAAUCCAAUACUCCUUCAUCAGAACCCAUAUCCGCGCCAAAUGCUAAUUCUGAAGGUCGUCCGCAAGAAAAUACCAGAAGAGCAACCACGGAACCUUCAUCACCUCUUUUCGGCGCCGGCGCUCGUCCAGAGGAAGGAAAAGAUCUAUGGUUCUAUCAUCUCAAACGACGUGCUCACGAAAAGGGCGAACGUGUGCUUGAACCCCUUCCGGCAUACUCUAGCAUUGAUGAACGUCUAAUACCUGGAAACGACCCGAGAGUCGGAUGCAUUGUGUGCGGAAAUAGCACGCACAGAACAUUCUGCUGCGACGCCGACGUACCUUUCUGGCAACGUCUAAGACUUGUACUUGAAUACCAACUAUGUAGAAGAUGUGCUGAACCCCAUGAAGGAGUCACCUGUCCAUCAACACUGCGAUGUUCCAAAUGCUGGCGCCGUGAUGAUCAUCCAACUUUCCUUUGUAGAUCCACACGUAGGAUUGAUCAGUGGUCUGAUGAUGAAUCUGAUUAA